AACACUCAGGCCUUCCCCCGGUUUCCCGUGUGUCACCCCUGGCUCACACUUCCUUCAGGACUCGGAAAUGGCAGUUCCUGACGCUCUCCUGGCAGAUUUGGAGUCCACCACCUCCCACAUCUCCAAACGGCCCGUGUUCCUGUCUGAGGAGACCCCCUACUCAUACCCAACUGGAAACCACACGUACCAAGAGAUCGCCGUGCCGCCCCCUGUCCCUCCGCCCCCGUCCAGCGAAGCCCUCAAUGGCACCAUCCUUGACCCCCUAGACCAGUGGCAGCCCAGUGGCUCCCGAUUCAUUCACCAGCAGCCUCCGUCCCCAUCCUCGUCCCCGUCCCCUGCGUAUGGCUCCAGUGCCAAAGCCUCCAGUGCCUCCAACCCCCAGGACAGUGUCGGCUCGUCCAGUUCCCGAGCAGGCGAGGAGGAGCACGUCUACAGCUUCCCCAACAAACAGAAGUCGGCCGAGCCCUCCCCCACUGUCAUGAGCUCCUCCCUGGGCAGCAACCUUUCCGAGCUUGACCGGCUCCUGCUGGAACUCAACGCUGUGCAGCAUAACCCCCCAGGCUUCCCUGCAGAUGAAGCCAAUGUGAGCCCCCCUCUGCCUGGGGCCCUGAGCCCCCACUACAGCGUCCCGGAAAAUCAUAGCUCCCUGGGGGGCAAAGCCGGGCCCCUGAUGAAAGAGAAGCCCAAGCGGAACGGGGGCCGAGGCUUGGAGGAUGUGCGGCCCAGCGUGGAGAGCCUCCUGGAUGAACUGGAGAGCUCCGUGCCUAGCCCCGUCCCCGCCAUCACUGUGAACCAGGCUGAGGUGAGCAGCCCUCAGCGAGUCACCUCCAGCCAGCAGCAGACGCGCAUCUCGGCCUCCUCUGCCACCAGGGAGCUGGACGAGCUGAUGGCCUCGCUGUCGGAUUUCAAGAUCCACGGCCUGGAGCAAAGAGCGGAUGGAGAGCUGUGCUGGGCGGCCGACUGGCCUCCGGGCGGCGGGCAGAGCGGCCCCGAAGGGCAGGACGAGGGAGGGUUCAUGGCCCAGGGGAAGACGGGGAGCAGCUCGCCCCCUGGGGGGCCCCCGAAGCCCGGGAGCCAGCUGGACAGCAUGCUGGGCAGCCUGCAGUCUGACCUGAACAAGCUGGGGGUCGCCACGGUCGCCAAAGGGGUCUGUGGGGCCUGCAAGAAGCCCAUUGCCGGGCAGGUCGUGACAGCCAUGGGGAAGACGUGGCACCCGGAGCACUUCGUCUGCACCCACUGCCAGGAGGAGAUCGGGUCCCGGAACUUCUUCGAGCGGGACGGACAGCCCUACUGUGAAAAGGACUACCACAACCUCUUCUCCCCACGCUGCUACUACUGCAACGGCCCCAUCCUGGAUAAAGUGGUGACAGCCCUCGACCGGACGUGGCACCCCGAGCACUUCUUCUGUGCUCAGUGUGGAGCCUUCUUCGGACCUGAAGGGUUCCACGAGAAGGACGGCAAGGCCUACUGUCGCAAGGACUACUUCGACAUGUUCGCGCCCAAGUGCGGCGGCUGCUCCCGCGCCAUCCUGGAGAACUACAUCUCGGCCCUCAACACACUGUGGCACCCCGAGUGCUUCGUGUGCCGGGAGUGCUUCACGCCCUUCGUCAACGGCAGCUUCUUCGAGCACGACGGGCAGCCCUACUGCGAGGUGCACUACCACGAGCGGCGGGGCUCCCUGUGCUCGGGCUGCCAGAAGCCCAUCACAGGCCGCUGCAUCACCGCCAUGGCCAAGAAGUUCCACCCGGAGCACUUCGUCUGUGCCUUCUGCCUCAAGCAGCUGAACAAGGGCACGUUCAAGGAGCAGAACGACAAGCCGUACUGUCAGAGCUGCUUCCUCAAGCUCUUCUGCUAGGCGCCUCCUUUCAACGGCCCCUUCCCAGCCCUGCGUCCCCAACCACGACUGUGACCUGGAGACCCUGCCCAGGUAGAGGGGCACACCUGCCCGAAACUGGAACCUUCCUCCUUCUCAGCCGGUGCAGGCGGGGUCCCACCUGCUAGUCCGCGCCCCCGCCAGAGCCAGGUCUCCCUCCUCUGCAGCUCUCCCAGGCCGCCCGGUCUGCAUCCUCCCGGAGCCGGGCCGACACCCCACACUGGAGCCACCCUUACUCACAUUUCGGCAGCAGAGCCGGGCCGGGGGCAGUGGGGAGGGCCAGCAGGGUCAGAUGGGGUCUCUUUUUAUGCUUUUUUCCCUCCACCUAAUUAUCCCUGUUCUGAAAGUAUUGGGGGACACCGGCUCCCCCCAGACCAUGCCAGCAUAAAUCCAUCCACCCGAGGGCAGAAGCGUCCAAGGGGCCACGGAAGGUUCCUUGUGUCCUCCUGUCCCUCCAGUCUCCCCAGGCCUGGGUGACUGCCUCCUCCCCCUGACACCCCGACUCCUCCUUUUGUCACUGUUCUGGUUCUACUGAGAAAGGCCUCUCCAGCAAUAACGAUUUCUAGCCCCUUCCUCCGUCUCCAGGGACGGCGUGAGGUGGGGAGCCCCCCAGCCUGGACACUGUGCCGACUUUCAUAGAUUUCUACACUGAGGUUCAAAUUCCUCUUGCCUGGUUUGCUUUUACUUCUCUGUACAGGAUGAUUUUAAGAGAUUUUAAAGACGUUGCCUUUUUGUACUAUCCUCACCCACCACCACUCAUCCCUGCACCCCGUGGUGGGGACUCGGGUGCGGAGUCUGCUCUGUACCGAGGGCUGAGGGUGGGGAAGCAAUUUAUACCUUAUUUUUUCUUAGCACAAGCAGGUGGGCGGGGGCAGCCCUGUGCCUCCGCCUUCAACUUCACAGCUCUCCGGGACUGUUUUAUAAACUGCUGUAUUUUGAAACCUUCCUUACUGCCUGGGCCAGCAAGCUCUUAAGUAAAACUAGCCUAAGGGUGACUUGUCCUUUCAGGCCUGGAUUUCUGACCUCACCUGUCCUGUUCCCAGGGGAGAGGGCGAAGUAACUCGGGGCGGGGUGGGGGGGCUACUUCCUGUCUGGGUGAGCCACCACCGGGAGCAUCCGCUCCCCUGUAGACUUUCUGGCAACGAGGAGAGGUCCCUCUGGACAUCGGCUGCCUCCUCACUGCUUCUCUGGGGCUCGCUCUCCUGCCCUCUCAGGAAAGCUGGUGUCUGAUUUCAACCAGAAAGUUCUCUUUGGUCUUGUUGAUUCCACUGGUUGCAUCACUUCCUCGAGUUUCUGGCCCUCCCUGGAGACGGAGUGCAGGUCCUUCCCCACGUGGCCUCAGGGAUGGGGCCUGCACUCAGGGUCGCCCCUCAGGAGGUCUGCAGAGGGGGCCCGGCUGGUUGCGAACGUGCCCACUCAGACCUGGAGCAGAGGGAAUCUCAGGAGCUUUCCCAAGGAUGACAGGAGUAGCCAGUGGAGAGGGGGCCCAGAGCGUCCGCAGUGAGGACGAUCCAGACCACUGCACUGGCCCCCUCCAGAGGGUCUCAGGAGGAGGUCGGGCCUCCGGCCAGGCGGAGAGCCCAGGUCCGGGGAGGCCAGCCCAGUCCCACGGAAGGUGUGCUGUCUUCACUUCCACCCACAGGCCUUACUACUCUGUUUACAGUGACCUGUCCCAGGCCCCUCCCCAAAAGAGAUGGGACUUCUGGGGCCCCCUCUCUGGGUCAACGUUUAUUCAAUGAUUUUAUUUUGAUUUUUUUUUUCCUCUCUGUAAAUGUCUAACCUGGCUUUUAUCCAUUUCAAUUCCUGUGAUUUAUGCCAAUAAAGUUUGCCAUUAUUUUCUUUUCA